CGAAUUCAAGUGAACCUGACAAUGAAUUUUCGCCAUUUGAUGACACUAUCGCUGGAGCCGCUUGCCUCGCCUGAAGAGGUAGCCGAGUACGAGAUCGACGAAGCUGUAGCAGAAGACGAAUUAACAGCUCGAAAAUAUGUUACAAAAUUAAAUCGUUUUGAAGGCCAUGUUGAUGUAUUGUCUUG